CGUUCAACUUUAUUCUGAUCUUUUCACGUUCUUUCAAGUUGUUCGUAAAUCUCUAAAUAAUUAUAUUGUUACGUCAAUUGACGACAAUAAUAAAAUAAUAUUUCAAUAAAAAUGUGGUUUUAAGUGAUCUUUUGGCAUGUGAAGAAUUGUUUUUUGUAUUAUUUUGGUUAGAAUUUUCGUAUUGACAAAUUUUUGUUUUCUGUGCACGAAAAUUAAAAUUUAUGAAAUUUAUUAAUCAGAGAAAUCAUGAAUAAGUCUAAUUUGCCAAAAAAUUGGAUCGUUUGCUCCUCUAAAAGUUAUCCUGAUAAAGUCUAUUAUUUUAAUACGGUGACAAAUAAGACAUCGUGGGAAUUACCAUUUGCUGAAAAUCAAAAUGAGGCGACGUCGAAAGAAAAUACCAAAAAAAGAAAAUUUGAAAAGGAUCCCGUACAGUCAAGGCCAGUAACUCCAGAUAUGAUGCAAGAAAAAGAGAGACCUGUAAUUCAAGCAAAACGCAGAAUAUCGUUAAUUUCACAGAAAACAACAAACGAAACUCCACAAAUGCGAGAAAUUCGAGCGAGAAUGCUCCAGAAACAAGCAACUUUAAACAAGGGAUUGAAGUCUGUUUUAACUAAAGAAGAUAGUUCGAAUAAGAAAUUACCUGAUAAAAAAACAUUAAGAAAAGAAAAUGUUGGUGAAAUCAAAGAUUCUAAAGGUUGUGAAAUGACAGAAAAAACGUCAUCGCCAGUAAAGCAAAAAAGGAGAUUUUCUGAAAUGCCAAAAAUUAUUCCUAAAAAGCCAGAACGAAGACUGUCGACAGUUAAUUCAAACACUGAAACAAAGGAAAAAAGUGUUUCCCUUAAUGCUUCUCUACCCGCAGAGGAAACUUUAACUCCACAAAUGCGUUUAAUGUAUGAAAAAUUGAAAGAAAGAAAAGCAACAAAAAAAAGUGUAUCUUCCAAGAAAUCUGCAACAAGUACAACUCAAUCAUCAAGUUCAAAUUCAUCGUCUUCAAGUUCAAGCUCAAAUUCAGAGUCCUCUUCUACUUCUUCGUCAUCAACUUCUGAUUCAACUGUUUCUUCAACUAAGAGUUCACUUAAAAAAACUGAAACAGAAAAACCUUUGAAUUCACCUAAAAAAUUAGAAUCAAGUAAAGUUAUUACAAGACGUAAAUCUAGACUUUCAAGUUCAAGUCAAACUAAUUCUGUAUCAGAAGCCAAUGUUUCAAAUCUUCCAACGUUGGGUGAAGAAGUGGAACUCGAUGAACCAAAAUCUGGAGGAAAAGUUUCUAAAAAGGAACUAAAUGAAACUCUAAGCACUGCUCGUAAAUCCGGUCGAACAAUAUUUAUCCCGUCGAAAGAGCCAGAUCUAAAAUUUAAAAUUGCAAGUCAAAGUCCCAAUGCUACGUAUCCAAAAAAUAUUGCUAAACAGAGACUGGACGAUAUUCGAGAAAGUUUAAAUUUGAAAAAUAAGUUGAAUGAAUCGUUGACACCUGAAAGAAAUGUUUGUUUAGAAGUGAGCCAAAAUUACCACCCGAAUGUCUCUUCAGUCAAAAACUUGCAAACAUUUUUAAAAGAACCAGGACCAGAAAUAACACUUUAUACGAAUGCUACACGUAGAGCUAAAAAUGUAAGAGAUAAAGUUUCAAAUUAUCAAAGUUCGAAUGCUAAUGUAAGUAAGAAUCAAAUGGACGAUCUGAAUGUCGAAGAAAUUGAGCGUCAGUCUAUUUUCGAAAAGCUUAAGAAUCACAAUAAUGAUCCAUAUUAUGAAGAAAUGGAAUGGGAACCUAUUGAAGAUGAAAAGAUUAUGAAUGAGGUACAAGAAGUUCGAUCUCAAUUGUUCACUAAAUCAAUAAAUAAUGAUAAUUUAAUGCAAGAAAAUGUGCUUGAAUUAUCUAAUAAAAAAAGUGAUAAAGUAUUAUACAUCGUCGUUGAUACUAAUGUAUUUCUCUCAAAUUUACCCGUCAUUGAGGAAGCCAGAGAUGCGAUAUUUAAAACAUUUGGCAGGCCAUUUAUAGUCGUUCCUUGGACAGUUAUACAAGAAUUAGAUUAUAUCAAGGAUGAUAAAUCGGCAACGAGAUCUGAAAAUUUGAGAAUAAAAGCGAGGAGAGCAGUACGAUUUUUACAUCAACAUUUCUCUGCCAAACAUCCUCGUAUUUUGGGCCAGACGCCACAAGAUGUUAUGAAAAAUAAAGAAAUAUUUCAAACAGUUUCCCCGGAUGAUGAAAUUUUACAGAGUUGUUUGCAAAUACGCAAUUCAGGACGUGCAGUGGUGCUACUUUCUUAUGACAAAAAUCUUUGUACUAAAGCCAUGAUUAAUGAUAUCGUGUCUCUUGGGCGGGAUGACCACUUUGAAAAAAUCGAAUUUAUGAGAAUUGAUAAUCCGUGUAACAGUUCUUUUUCGGCAUCAUUUCAUACAGACGACAAUGAUAAUACCACGACAGCUCUUGAGGAGGAAUUAUUGAUCGCGGAGGAUAUUUUCGAGAAAGUAAAGGAUCAACUGCGAAUAUUUCUUUCUCCAAUAGUUGUUUCAGAGAUGCGGAAUUUAUUUGGAGAUGGCUGGGAACGGUACACAAUUAUAAGACCUCCCUGGUCAACGGUAGACGUUCUUAAAUGUGCGAUUAAACAUUGGAUGGCAGCUGUCAGUGAAUCAUUCAUGAGAAUAGCCGAUUUAAUUCUUAAAGAGUUACUUGAGAAUAUUAACAAUCCACCUGCAGGGGGUAGAAAACUAAAAAACGUGAAUUAUUUCAUGGGAAGAUGUAGUGAUUUGAUGCAAACACUCAAUCAGCAUAAAUAUCCAAAUCUUCUCAACAAAACAACAGCGGAAAUGGAUGUUUUAAGAAAAAGAUGCUUGGAAGAAACUAAAAGAAUUUCCGAGAAGAGAAUAAGAGAUGAAAUUGGUUGUGAAGGCAAUGUUGCGAGACAAAAUGACAGAGCUCAACUUGCGUUGGAUUAUUUCAAUAAUGUGUAUGCAUUCACUCGCGAUUUUUGUGGCGUAGCUGCAGAAGCCGUUGAUAUGCCUUGUUCAUUUAUUUUCGAGAAGACUGAGAAACUUACUGAUCCAAAUUUUGUGAAGCACUAUCAACCAAUACUGGCGGCAAAUUUAAAUCAAUUGCUGCAACUUUUAAGCUUAGCGAUGGAAGAUUUAAAUGGACUAAGACCCGAUGAGAAGGCUAUAAAUGCUUUGACGGAAGCUUUAAUAACAUUUUUACCUGACAAAUUCAACAAAUCAAACACGGAAAUAACAUCUCUUGAUGUUUAUUACUUGAUAAAAACUAAACAAGAUAUAAUGAAAAGAGGCUUAAUGCAGUUACAAGACCUGAGUCAGCAAUUUUGCCGAAUGGCGAGUUUCAGGUGUAAAUAAUAAGUUUAGUGAGUUUUGUUAGUAUUUUAUUAAAACCGAAAACCUUGCAGUCUCAAAGAGUCAAGAAAGUCAGGUAUUCUUGGACUGGAUACGAUUAUCUAUCAUUUUGCUUUUUAAAGCAGUAUUAUCAUUACAUACGUUCAAAUUUAAGUUACUAAAAAGUUUUAUUUUUCCAUUAAAUUUCUAACAUUCAAAGCAUAAUACAAAAUUAAAAGUAAGUCAAAGAAAAGGAAAAAAUUGGCCUAAAAUUUACUCUCAGUUGUGUAUUUUCUUCAAUAUUAUAAACAUUUUUGAAAAUUAAUAUUUUAUUUAAUUAUUUCAUCUCCAUGCAUUUAAUGCAAUUACAUGUUACAAGUUAGAUGCCAUUAAAAAGAUAAAAAAAAGUAGUUGGUAUGUUAUUGAAACAGUAUGUUUAUUUAAACUUGUAAAAAAUGUAAAUUUUAUUUCUAAUAAUGCAAAAUGCAUUAGUUUUGUACGAAAUUGUUAUAAAAUAAAAAAUUUAUCAUUGAAA